GCGACUGUCCCGACACCGUUAUGCAGCAUCUGAUUGCCGGAGUCAGCGGCAAUACCUAGUGUCAGCAAACUAGGCGGCAUGCAAGACACGCAUUUCGCGCACGGCAAUGUGUCAGCUGGCGUUCAGCGACGAGUCGUGUGAGUACCUGGCGCAGGCGUUCGAGCAGAUGCAGCUGCAGACACAGGCACUGGCCAGCGCGCUGUCUGCAUUGUUCAGCGUGUUCUUACCCGAUGGCGUGCAGCAGCUGGAUACUCUGCUGCUGGCAUUUGCGCGGCAGUUUUGCCAGCGCAACUGCACCUACCUGAGCACACCAUCCGAAGAGGGGGCAGAGGCACUGCAGGGUAGCCCGCCAAAGAAGGACGAUACGAGCGCAAAACAAGUGGGUAUGGUCUAUAUUCUGGCGUGUCUGGCUGUGAUCGCCGACUACGAAGUGUGGCAGAGACAGGCGAAGAUAGGGCCGGACGAUCUGCUCAAGCAGUACAUGCCUAUGGCAGCCAAGGACACGACAACCAGAGCUGCAUUCUGUGAGGCCUUUGUCGAGAUCCAGGCCUUCGCCGAUUGUGCAGGGAAUCACCGCGGCUGCCUCCGCCCACCCUGGCUGGAUACUGUCGCCCGAACGCCCGGUGCACCCAAUUGGCGGGCUGAACCAGGCCAUGUUCACAGCAAUCUGGCCAGCACUGCAUCCGCUGCUCGUGCGGGCGUUCGAGCGCACCAACGUGCGGCUGUGGGACCAGAGCGGCGAUAUAUCCGGCAUGCUGACCACCGAAAGCCGGCUGCAGAAGUCGCUGCUGCAGCAGGUCCUGGACGCCAUGCAGCAGUGCUUGCGCAUUGCUGGGCAGUCCAAAGACGAAGCAAUCAUUCAGCAGGCAGUCAGGCGGGCUGGAGCGCAUGGCGGGGUUGGACAAGGACGGUUGUCGAGUGGAAGCACGGCGAGGCGGCAAGGGUGAUCAUGCAGGUGGCUGUUGAGGAGCGUGCGGUGCUGGCGCCGGUGUGGGACCAGCUGGCGCAGCUCCUGGCAUCUGUCGGUGCCCGGCUGGAGUCGCAUAUUGUGUUUGAUGGAGAGAAGCCGGCGGGCAGCCCCGAUUCCGACAAGACCCUGUUCAGUCCCAUUGGCGACUCGAGCAGCUUUUCCAGUGCCGAUGGUUCCAAGCCGGCGGUGCAUGCGCUGGUGCCCCCGACAUAUGUGGAAAUGGCGAGCAUGGAAAGCGAGCCGGUCGGCAUGCCGCUGGCGCGGCUACUGGGCUACAUGGACGCGCUGGCGCGGGUGGCCAGCAUCGAGGCACAGCAGCAAUGCAUGGGCUCGGAGGCAGGGUCGAUAAAGAGCGGGGGCUCGGCGGUGGGCGUGCAAAAAUCGCAUGGCAGCAUUUCGACUGUCGGGUCAUGCAGGAGCGCCGACAGCGUGGAAAGGGCUACGCGCAACGUGCGCAAGAUGUUCAAUAUCCUGGAGGCUCUUGCCUCUGACCGGUCGGCAUUCGAGUGGCUGGCAGUCUGGGACCACAUCAGCCAGUACAUUGCCGGGCUGGGGUGUCCCGGGCGCACCUCAUCCAACGCACGCGCAUUGGUAAUCAGCCUGGCGUUCGGGCUGGUGGGCCAUCUGGCCAGGUCGCCCAAGUUCUCGGUGCUGCAGUUGCAGGACCGCGUGCUGAAGGUGCUGGUGCGAAUCGCCAAGGCCACCAGGGACCUGGCGGUCAUACAGUAUAUCGCCAGCGAGCUCAACACCCUGGUGGCCAAGUGCCUGGUCUGUCUGGGGUCAGGCUGGACUGCCUGUAUUCGACAUGGUGUCGCGCAUGGCCCGGCACUGCACGCGGUCCCCGGCCGGACCCCAGGUGCGUGACAUCGCCAUCUCCCUGCUGCACACGGUGGAGCAGUCGCUGGACGCCCCGCCGUCGGUGAAGUUUGGGCGGCUGCCGGCGCUGCGCGCGCUGGUGGCAGUCGCAGUGUGCGCACAGCCGGGCAGCAGCGAGGAUGGCGGGCUGGCAGAGUCGGUCAUGGGCGCAUGGGUGCGGCUGUCGGGCAAGAUGAUCGACCAGAUAUCCGGCGCCUCUCUGUCUCUGUCGAUU